UCGUUACUUGAAGGGGGCUGGGUCUUUAUAGUUAUAGAGGUCAGGAAAGAAAUUAGGAACGAAUUCUCUCAAAGAGUUGCUUGAAUCAAUCAACAAUGGCUUCCCAAGGAUCAAAGACUAUCUCCCUGAAGGUUCUGGUGGACAAGAAGACCAACAAGGUAGUAAUGGCUGAAACUAGUAGUGACUUUGUGGACAUUCUUUUCAGCUUCUUGACUUUACCCAUGGGAACCAUAGUGAGACUCCUCAGAGAACAACCACAGCCCGCCACUAUUGGGUCCAUGGCCAGUCUAUACAAAGAGGUGGAAAAUCUUGACGAGCAGCAGCUUCUGCAGACUCAGACAUGCAAGUCCAUGCUACUUCAUCCAAGGAAUCAUUCUGAAAAUAUGUGCAGGAAACUGAAACUGAAUGUUGAUGAUACAGAGCCCAUCGAGUAUUAUAUUUGUGCUGAUAGGGAUUGCAGCCGAAGGGGGACUGGUGGUUUGUAUACUACUUUCAAGAAUGUCAGAUGCAAUUGCAGGAAAAUGAUGGACAAGGAGAUACGCAGGGAAAAAGAAGAUGAGGGUGCAAGACCUGCAGGAGAUGGAGGAGUGUUUGUUUGUGGAACGAACAAGUUCAUGGUGACAGACGAUUUGCAGGUAGAGCCCAUUUCUACAGAUACCAUCUUGACACAGUUGCACAAACUAGGGCUCAAAGACAUGAGUUCACUCCAAGAGACCACAUUGAGUAUUUGCUCAGAGGAGAUUUUGAAACUUCUCAAGGGAAUUUUAUUUUCCAAGGCACCUCUGACAGAUGUAUUUCUUAAAAAGCAAGGAUUUACAUCUGAUGGUUUAAAAUUUGAGAUGGGAGAUCCAUUGAAGUCUUCCUUGAGCUGUGAAGGAAGUAUGACUUUGAAGUUAAUGAUGAGUAAGUCAAUGAAGAAAGUAUUAUAUGCUGAAGCCGGGGAAGACAUGGUUGACUUUCUUCUCAGCUUCCUUACCUUCCCUCUUGGAUCCAUUUUGCAACUCUUGGGUGGGAAUUCAUCACUGGGAUCCAUGGACAAUUUGUACAAAAGCGUGGGACGUUCAGUAGUUAUAGGAGCUGAUAGUCUAAGGAACCUGCUGCUGCAACCUGUGCUCUGCCGUGGUUUUGGUUGUAGUAGCAACCCACUGGGACUAAAAGAAUCUGAACAGCCUCCUCCUUCCUUGUGGUGUACAAUUUAUUCUGUUUACGAUUACCCUGAUUACCUGACUACUGAGGAGCCUAAUUUUGGUUGGCCUUCACAAUUACAUUUUGUAAAUCCCAAGUCUCCAACAAGUGAAACAGCUGGUCAAGGAGGAUUUAUCAAGGGACCGGGGACAUUCUUCAUAACAGACAAUUUGGUUUUCACUCCACAGGCUUCUUUCUGGAGUCUCUCCUUUCUUAAAAGCAUGGAGCUUCCCCUAGAUGAUUUGGAGGUUCGUAUAGUUAAAGUGGGCACGGUGGAGGCCUUGAGGCUAUUGAAGGCUUCUCUCUUGUCCAACUCGGUAUUCACCGAUGCCUUGGUUAACUUUGGCUUAAAGAUUCCCAAGCAAGAAAAGUAAACCUUGAUAAGGACAUCGCCGGACAUAAAUAGCCUAUAGUUCAGUCGGUGAGCUUUGUAAGGGUUAUUUAAAUUUAAAUUGAUUAACUUGCUCACAAGACUUAGACUUGUGUUUGUCACCGAACGUUCUUUAUAGCUAACACAUCAUACUUGGUAAAUACAUCACAUUUGUGUGGACUGCAUUCCAAUCUGGUUUUGACUUGUGAAUGAUCCUAGUGACUUAGUCUCCUCAAAUGGGUAGUGGCGUAGUGCUACCACUUUAGUUCAAACAGAACUUAUGUAAAUGAAUGGCAUUUGUGUAGACCGCAUGCCAAUCUGUUUUUGACUUCUGAAUGA